AUGCCUUGUCCGGUGUUUGACGUCAUAGCCUGCAUCCAAUCCUCCCGCCUUUUGACGCAUUACACCCACCAUGUCAGUCUUCAAUGGCAGCCGUGCCUUUGCUCGAGGGACUCUGAGGGAAGACGAACCAACAAUUAUCAGCACUGGGACUGGCUGUUGAAAUUGGAGCAGCUCAAGACCCUCGAGCUUGUUCUCUUUGAGGGAUGGAUACGCGUGAUGGCGUGUAUCAGGUCGGAUUCCCCCAGGUCAAAUCCAGGUGGAAACGCACAAGCUAUCUUCUGUUCUAUCUGCCUUUCCAAGCUCAUGACGCUACGGAAUUUGGAGAAGGUUGUCUUCAAAGUGGACUUUGACAUAUACACCCCCACCGCGGCAGAGAUACAGAGAUUAGAGAGAUCGAGAUGGUUUGCGAGAAUAAAGAAACAAGUCUCGGAUAUGAUCUUGAAGGCUCCGACCCAGGUGAAGUGGACACUGGCUGACCAAACUUUGGUGUGUCGAUAUAUUCAGGAAGAGGCACAACCCAGGUACUUGAUUGAGCAGCACCUUGGUGCCGUCGACACCGAGUGGCCUCGGUCUUCCAAGAUCUGA